UGUACAUUGCAGCCUCGUUUUCAUCAUAAUCAAAUUGCAAAUGGCUGCCAUUUGUGAAGGAUGAUACACCUCCCACUAAAAAUUUUGCCGAAUUUGUGAAGUUUCGUUACUUUGAUACAUUUAUACUUUUUGAAAGGGAUUAAAGAAUAAAAUUCCAGGAUGCCUGCAGUAAAAGGAGAUGGCAUGAGAGGCUUGGCAGUCUUCAUCUCGGAUAUAAGAAACUGUAAAAGUAAAGAAGCCGAGAUAAAGAGAAUAAACAAAGAAUUGGCAAACAUUAGAUCCAAAUUUAAAGGAGACAAGACAUUAGAUGGCUACCAGAAAAAGAAGUAUGUGUGUAAGCUCCUGUUUAUAUUUCUCCUCGGACACGACAUCGACUUCGGUCACAUGGAGGCAGUUAACUUGCUCAGCUCUAAUAAAUACACUGAAAAACAGAUUGGUUACUUGUUUAUAUCUGUGCUUAUUGGAGCGACUAAUGAUUUGAUGAAGUUGGUUAUACAAGCUAUAAGGAAUGACCUUGCUAGUAGAAACCCUGUACACAUUACCCUGGCUCUACAGUGUGUGGCUAACAUUGGCAGUAGAGAGAUGGCAGAGGGUCUUAGUGUUGAUAUACCAAAACUUCUAGUCUCUGGAGACACAAUAGAUGCAGUGAAGCAGAGUGCUGCCCUGACAUUGUUACGUUUGUUGAGGUCAUCACCUGAUAUUAUACCAAUGGGAGAGUGGACAUCUAGAAUUAUACACCUACUCAAUGACCAGCAUAUGGGUGUAGUGACUGCAGCUGCAAGUUUGAUAGAAAACCUGGUGAAGAAAAAUCCAGAGGAGUACAAGGGCUGUGUCUCUCUAGCUGUAUCCAGGCUCAGUAGGAUUGUGACAUCAUCAUACACAGACUUACAGGACUACACCUACUAUUUUGUUCCAGCUCCCUGGUUAUCUGUGAAACUUCUUAGAUUGUUACAGAAUUACCCACCACCAGAGGAUCCGGCUGUAAAAACUCGGUUAACCGAGUGUUUGGAGACGAUUCUAAAUAAAGCCCAGGAGCCACCAAAGUCAAAGAAAGUUCAGCAUUCAAACGCAAAAAAUGCUGUACUGUUUGAAGCAAUUAAUUUAAUUAUACACAUGGACAGUGAUCCUAACCUUCUAGUCAGAGCAUGUAACCAAUUAGGACAGUUUUUACAACAUAGGGAAACUAAUUUAAGAUACCUUGCAUUAGAAAGUAUGUGUUUGUUAGCAACAUCAGAAUUUUCACAUGAGGCUGUCAAAAAGCACCAAGAGACAGUCAUCACAGCUUUAAAGACUGAGCGUGAUGUAAGUGUUAGACAGAGGGCUGUAGAUUUACUGUAUGCAAUGUGUGAUAGAACAAAUGCAGAGGAGAUAGUUGGUGAGAUGUUGGAGUAUCUAGAAUCAGCUGACUAUUCUAUCAGAGAGGAAAUGGUAUUAAAGGUGGCCAUAUUAGCAGAGAAGUAUGCAGUAGAUUAUACGUGGUAUGUAGAUGUGAUCCUCAACCUGAUACGUAUAGCAGGAGACUAUGUGAGCGAGGAAGUCUGGUACAGAGUUAUACAAAUUGUCAUCAACCGGGAUGAUGUACAGGGAUAUGCUGCAAAGACUGUGUUUGAGGCAUUGCAAGCCCCAGCAUGUCAUGAGAAUAUGGUAAAAGUUGGUGGCUACAUCCUUGGUGAAUUUGGUAAUUUGAUUGCAGGUGAUCCAAGAUCAAGCCCUCUAGUCCAGUUUCAACUCCUACACUCGAAAUACCACCUGUGUUCUCCAUCUACAAGGGGUCUCCUUCUUUCUACAUAUAUCAAAUUUGUCAACUUGUUCCCAGAGAUUAAAAACACAAUUCAAGACGUAUUAAAAAGUGAUAACAAUAUGCGUAAUUCCGAUGUAGAAUUACAACAAAGAAGUAUUGAGUAUUUACAACUUAGUUCUAUAGCAACUGCUGAUGUUCUGGCAACGGUAUUGGAAGAAAUGCCGCCGUUCCCAGAGCGAGAGUCGUCAAUCCUUGCUAAACUGAAGAAGAAGAAACCAUCGAGUGUACCCGAAGGUAGCGAACAGAAGGAACACACAGCGACCAAGCUUCCUCAAGCUCAGAUGUCCAAUAACGUAGAAUCUAACCCACCUACUACCAUCAAUCUAAUGUCUCAGGCUGAUGCUCUAGCGUCAGUAGACAAGCCUUUGACAGCUUUGACAGAGGUCACUUUAGCCACUGGUGAUGAGGCUGUAGGCGCUGCCAUUUGGGAUUUCACAGAAACCCCGUCAGAAACCCCGUCAGUUACUCUGACCACCUCUACAGGAAUUACUCUGGAAGGGUUUGAUAUUGGGGAGAGCAGUACAGAUGAUGUUAUGGAAAAAGGAUCCCCAGUUGGUGGCUCAGCAACAGUUGAUCUACUUGGACUUGGCACACCAACACAAACGGCACCUAGUGCAGGUGGUAACGGUGAUGGCCUACUUGUAGACAUGUUUGAUACACUGACAAGCAACAAGCCAGCACCUGCCACAAACGGCAUGGACUUGGGCGGACUCACAGGAGGAGCAGAGGAGGCUUUCAAAAGUGAUGAUUCUCUUUCCAGGUUUAUAUGUAAGAACAACGGUGUGCUGUUUGAGAAUGAUCUUCUACAAAUCGGUGUAAAGUCCGAGUAUCGUGAGGAUUUGGGCAGGUUGUGGGUGUUCUAUGGUAACAAGACAACAUUCCAACUUAAUGCAUUCUGUGUGGAUAUCAGUCAGCCUGGAGGUCUUACUGAAAGUUUGAGUAUACAACAGAAGCCAGUUGGUGGUGAGGUAGAGGCUGGAGCACAAGUUAAACAACAGUUCAAUAUGGCAUGUGUGCAAGAAUUUGAAGAUGCUCCUAUCAUGAGUAUACAGUUCUUGUAUAGUGGUGCCCAGCAGAAAAUCGCACUGAAGAUGCCAGUGGUUCUAAAUAAAUACAUCUCACCUACAGAGAUGGAUGCCAGUACUUUCUUCAACAGGUGGAAGGCACUUAGUAGCCCAAGCCAAGAAAGUCAGCAGAUAUUCAAAGCAACAUCACCCAUAGAUACAGAACAGAUAAAAACUAAGUUGAUCGGAUUCAGUGUAAGUGUUCUAGAUGGUAUAGAUCCAAACCCGGAGAACUUUGUGUCAGCCGGAGUACUACAUACUAGAAACCAGCAAGUUGGUGUUCUUGUCAGAUUGGAGCCAAAUAAACAAGCACAGAUGUACAGACUAACUGUUCGUGCAAGUAGGGACAGAGUGGCCAAAAUUUUAUGUGAUUUAUUGCAAUCACAGCUCUGAUUUGUGUGAGCACUAUGUGACAUGGACCUGUUUGUAAAACCAGGAUAGUUUGUGUCUACAAAAAAAAUGUAAUAAGGACUCGUGUAUGGAGUCUUAAAUUAACAUCAACUAAUUUAUCAACAUGGAGUAUUAAAUGCUAGGGAGUGAAACAUGUUUGAAAUCAAUUGAACAAAGUGUGACAGGGGAAGGUGCUUUAAAUGCGGCAUUUUCUCGAGAGAAACUUAAUGCAAUGAAAUGUUUCUGAAAUAGAAAUGUACUUAUUAAUUAAGAUUUUUAUCUGUUCAUUAUUUAACAUAUAUUAUAGGAUAACGUAUGUUCAUACUGAAAGUUUGCGAAACCAUAUUGUUUGAAAUAAAAAAAAAAUUCCUUUUGCAUAAAAAAAAAAAUAAUUUCAUUCAGUAAUAAUCAUUUUUUGGACGGGUUAAGUACAUGCUUUAAAGAAUGUAUAUGUUACAUUUUCAUCGUUCGCAUUCGAAAUGGGACCAUAUAUAUAGUAAUCUAGCAAGUAAUGAAAUGUUAAUAUAUAUAGGUUAGUAAUUUUUCUGGGCAGGAUGACAAUUAUUGGCAAGCUGUGAGGGGUUAGGUUUAUACAACAUAGAUGUGUGAUAAAUUUUUAGAAGAUUUAGAAUUUAUAGAAUGUAGCUUGUUGUGAGCAGGUAGAAAUUGUUCUCUUUGUAAGGAAUAUUUUUAUGUUGUGUCGACUUCUGUGCAAUUCCAUUCUCUGUUUUAUCAUAAUUCUUGUAUUGAAAUAUAUGCCCAUAUUUAUGCCAUGUUGAUACAAUUUUUUUCUGAUGCCAUUCAUCUGUUAUAGUAAGAUUUUCAGCCAUUUUAUUUUCAUUGGUGAUGUUAAAAUUGAUCUAUAUUUAGAAGAGCCUGAAGUAAAUUAAGACUUGGAUUUCAAUUAAAUAAGUUAUUUUAUACUUAUGAUGUAGCAAUUUUCAGAUAUACAAUACAGCAGAAUUGUAUAGAAUUGUAAAAUGACUGAUUUUUGAAAAUUUGAAAGGAAUAUAAACAGAUGGAUAAAAAUAUCAGUUCUUAAUGUAUGGAAGGAAUAUGGAGUCAUAAUGAGUUACAGUCAUUAAAAUGUUCAACAAUAUUCAUAUUUAAAGGGCACUUUCUGCAUUGCCAAUUUCGAUUAUUGUCCUGUGUUUUAAUUAAAUGUUUAGGUUAUGA